AUGCAAAUGGAAUCAUGGCGACAACGAGGAUAUGUCCCCGACUCGGACGAGGAAGAUGGCUUCGAUUCUCUAGAUGCGAAGAAGGACAAUGUCGAAAAUAGCCCUACUGUCGAAAAUCUCGAAUAUAUCGACAACCCUUCAUCCUCGCCGAAGGAGCAACAGGAGCACUUUCCGGCUGAGAACGGCUCUAUCACACUCUCAGAUACAGAGGAGGUGGUGCGAGGGAACAAGAAUCGAGCAAAUCUUCACUUAACAAAUCCCUUGCAUGACGAAAUGACACCAAAACAAAGAAGAGGACGCAAGACCUGCGGACUUCGAUCGUCGCCUACGAAAUCAGCGAAUCGCCGCAGCAGUGAGCUGCGGAAUACCAACGCCUCCACAAAGAAUACAACCAGCAUAUAUGAUUUCCCAACAUCGUCACAAGAACAUGACAGGCCUCAAUCGAAGCCCUCGAGCUGCGAGUCUACCCCGAAGCCCUUGAAGAUCGCGCGGCCCUCGCGGCCACAAGUUAUAGCAGAGCCACACACCUCCAAGGAAAACACACGGGACGAGACCUCAAGCACUCGGAGCUCCUCGCCCGACGAGUUGGUGCUGAUCCCUCAGCCAACUCUGAAGAAAAAGCCCAAACAUGUCCAGCCAAUAGAGGCGCCACCAUUACCACCACCGCAGGAGUGUUCGGAAGAUGACUCUCCAUUAUCUUCUGUACCGUCAUCCUUUGGCUCUCCGCCGGCCAAGGAUUCUGCAGAAAUACACGCAGAUUAUGUAAAAGAGGCAGAACCAGGAAGACCGACAGAUGGGGAGGGAGAUCUACGGAAAGCAGUGCUCAUUGAACUAGAUGCCAGCCCAGACGAUGUAUCACCGCACCUUGAUAUACCCGAAGAAGUGUUGCGAGAAUUACCGCGUGCUGCGCAAAGAACAUUCCGAAAGCGCAAUGCCAUCCAAAUGCACCCGUACCAUUUGGAACAGCUCAAGUUUGCCCAGCAACUGCAAGCGCGGGGGGUCAAGCCCUUCGGUCGACCGGCACAGCAAAGACAGCAGGUUACUGAUGAAAGCCAAGAGCAAGAUUCAUAUGAUCCCGAUGCGCCUCCCUCAAGCCCUCCUCUCGAGGAGUAUCUUCCGCCGAUAAGACAUGAACGGCAUCGUGGCCCACAAUCUGCUACGCAAGGACGCGAACACAACGAGUCAGAGCACCUCCAGCCAUCGCAAGCUCAUCAUCCAAAGCGCCAGAAGAUUUCCCAUCCUGGAACUCCCAAAGAGCGUCGAAAUUUGCACAAACCGACCAAGCCUCGUGGCAUUAGAGACAACAACGUAGCUGCUGGGAAUCAAAACGGUAUCUCGAUAUAUGAUCUAUCAUCUAGCCCUCCACACGCAGGCCGUUUAUCUUCGACCUCAAGAACCCCUCGUGCCUCAGAAGGAGGUUUCCGGUUUCCUCGUGGGUGGUCGCCGCCAGGAGAAGUUGCGAAGUCUGCGGCACAGGAAACAGAAGAAGCUGGCCAGGCCCAAUCACCUGGGGCCGGUACAGAUGAUGAGGAAGUACAGCCCAUCUCGUCUAACAGCCAGAGUGAUCAAGAAGAAACCAAGUCAGAUGCUGAAGAACGUGAAAUUCGACGAUUCCAACGCAUGAUCCGAGGAGCGCUCCCUGCGUCACAUGCUCGGCUGGAUCUGAAGAAAAAUGCAGAUAAAGAAAAAGCCCUGCAAUUAGAUCGCCAUGCUUCUUCGCAACGACCGGAUGGAAAGGGUGUUGCGCGGAAGCUCAUUCGAAAGGGUGAUCGCUCAAGGCAACCAGGAACGCAACAAUCAAGAGGCUUGUUUGAUCUUGGAGAUUCCGACUCGGAUGAUGAGGACAGUCGCAACGAUGCCACAGGAAAUGCCUCUAUAGCCAAUGACUCCAGCCACAGGUUGACUGGCACCCCUGGCCUAGAAGAUCCCUUCGCCCUGGAAAGGGGUGAUGUCUCUGAGGAUAACCGCAUCGACUACAUGUUUCCGCCUAUUCCGCGGAACUCAACAGAUUCUCGGCACAAAACGAAAAGUCUAAAAAGGCCAAAAUCGAAACGAAGUCUGCUCAAUGGGGAGAGACAGCCGAAGAGACCACGACAAACCCGAAUGACUGAUGCCUCGUAUGGUGCACGAAGGACCAGGAAACGUGAAACUGCCCUGCGACCAAGAAUAGGAAUCUUGGAUGCGCCAGAUGUUGCCACGAAGUCUCGCAAAGAGCAAUCACGACUGCUCAGAGUAGCGACAAGAAGACCACGCUCACGUAAAGAUGGAGGCAGGCAGAGCCCUACUCAGAAAUUCGUGAAACUGGCCUCAAGGGAAGACACAGUGGAUGCAAAUGAGUCUUUGCGAGAUUGGAAAAGGGGAGCUAUUAGGCAGACCAAGAUUAGCCCACCUCGUCCCAAAGCUCGCCAGCACCGGCAUUGGAUAACGAAUCUUUCGUUUCUCAGUGCUCGAGCUAAGUCGAAUACUACAAAGGGCUGGAUACCGAGCCGAUUCCUUGAUGCUGAGCCAGACACUGAUGUUUCGAACACCAACAUGGUAAAGCCGGAAGAGGUACAGGCGCCACCUGAAUCUAGCGCAGGAUCAGUCCUGCCAGACCAACCCCCAGUGGCCGUAUCCUCGUCUCGUCGAAAACCAGAGCAGCACGGUCAUACGUGGGUUAUUCCUAGGAAUGUUGCCAUAACAUCUUUGAAGAGGAACACCAUUAGGCCUGCGGCAACUAGUUUGGCAGGCCCGAGUAGAAGUCAGAAAGUGGUUCCAGCCGUGUUCAACCAGUCAUUGUCUAUUCUUAACCGACAGUAUAAAAACCAGCGCACAUCUCAACCUUACAAGCCCAGCUUGACCUUGGAUCGAUAUGUGUCCGACAGUGGAUCAUUGAGUACUGGAGGCAAUUCCUCGCCUGUGAAUGCUUCUGUUGCUGCUGCUGCCGCCGCCGCUUCAGCUGAAGCACGAACUCAAACGCUAACCAAAAAGGCCCCUGUAUCUCGACGGCGGUUGAAGAAGCAUCCUCCCAAGCGAAUAAAUCUCGAUGCCGAAGAAUUCCGUCAGAAUCCAGAUCCUACUACCAUAGUCUCUGAUGACUCGGAACCUACUGCGAUAACGCAGGUUGGACAUGCACAUCCUUCGUCUUUCAGUGUCGGCGGGCUUUUCAACUGGCAUCGCUUCUAUCCGGUCGACUUUGGAAUACCAUCCCUACGUGACAAUACAUUCUUCCAUGAGUCUACAUUCAUAGGAAGCGGGGAAUUUUCUCGUUCACUGCGAAUCAUAGAGCGGGACUUCGAUGGGGAUGCCACUUCAUUCUCCAUCGAGCUUAGAGACGAGACAUUCAAAUGGAAUCGCUGGAACGAUACAGUAUCAUCGGAGAUGGGGCAGGUCUUUGAUGUGAUAAUCGAUAACGUUGAGCGAAGUGCUGUUACCUCCCCAGAGACGGGCAUUACGGUUGCGCUAGGGGUGGCAUCGAGGUUAUACAGGUUGUUGAUCAAAUACAUCACGGGAAACCUGGUUUUCAUCGACCCGGUUGAUCGUACGGGGUUUGUUACUAGAGCAACGGGGCUGGUCUCCCAGGUGAGAGACCCGUUGGCUGCCUUUCUGACUAGCGACGAAUACAACAAGAACGGGCUCGUCAAAAUUGCCUGCUUCAACAUGGUUUUCUCGAACCAGAUCUAUCAAGUUGCUUCUCAUCGGCUCGUCAGCCCUGCCCUGGCGACGGAAGCUUUAGAUCUUGCCAAAAUAUCCGCUAAAGACGUUGCAGGCUUGAUCACGUCCAAAUUCGGUUCUUCUGAGUUUACAACGUUGUUCAAGGAAAACAACGAGCCUGAACGCCGCGAGUCGGGGAUUCGCGAUGAGUAUCCAUCGGUGGAGGCCUACGUCGUCACUAAACAUCUUCUACGCAGCUCAGACAACUAUAAGGGCUGCUUUGAAGAUAUCCAGCUCGAGACUUUCAACAAUGGACUCAUUCACAAUGAAAGGGAUGUGGGCAGCCUAGAGGCUGGUUGGCGUGGCAUAUUCACUGUCUUACCCCUCAACGAAAUAGACCUGCUUGGGAUUGCGCGCCCUGGUUAUCAGUUGACAGCUGUUAAUGACAAUUGGAAAUUAGCCAAACGGCUUGUCGCCCCGGCGCUGGACCAUUUCGAGUCCAACUCUAAGGCACAACCCAUCUCGUACAACAGUUACUGUCGAACCUUGUUCCUCAGGUGUCAUCGCCUUAUUAAUUCCUGGGGGUGGAGAGAAUGCAAACCUAUUCUGGACACGCUAUUCGACUUCUUCGCCAAGAACACUCUCCACAACCUGAAACUCGAGGAAGCUCGUGGCUCGCCUUCAUUUCUUGACGAACUUGAUAGCAAUCCUUCCCUGGAUGCCCGAGCGGGGGAACCGUGUUUCCACACAUUUCUCAAGAUUGUAGCAAGUGGUCUCCGCUUCUUGGCGAAGAGAUAUGACAAGAAGAAGAUUCGAAACUUUGCCUGGCGUCUUUUACCCAACCAUGGCCGUGUGUACCCGAAAGAGCAGCCAUUGCAGCACGAGGACCUCGAUGCACUGAGGAAUCAUCACGAUCUUCUCAGCACCCUGUACUGGGCUGUCCCCGAUGGGUGUCGUCCUCGACUGGAGACGAUACGCAAUCUGGUCCAUCCUGCCACUUCACAUCGUGAAGCGUGCAGCAUAAAUUUGCGGUCAUGGUCAAGGCUUGUUCGAUUCAAGCUUUCUACGGAUGAAGAUAUUUCGGGACUUGAUCCGUUUGCAGACUGGUACGGCUAUUUCGUAACGGAAUUACAACAACAGCAUUCAUAUGCUCGCAAGGAGAUUGAGGCUCAAAACACAGGCGACAACCGGGUUUCUCAACAGCUUGUUGAACGCACAAUCUCCCAGAACCAGCGACAGAUUGAGACCUUAUUGAGCAAUGCGCUUAGUGGGCUGCGGAUUGCUGUCCAACUGGCCCCGAAACUGGAGCAUGCACACAGGCUUGUUCUGAGAACUCCCUUUGAGUCUAUCCUUACAAUUUUUAACCCCAAGCUCCCGCGUGUCAAUGUCGUUGUAUCUGAGGCACUGCAGGUCCUGGUAGCGUACACCAAGAAAGACGUUCCAGCUACAUCAGAUGCUCCUGCGGCAGUGACCAUUGAUGAGGACAGUCAGGAGUUCGGUGACUGGGAUGCCAUUCAGGCUGUUUGGGACCAGCAAAGUUCCCCUAGCGAAGGUAUCGAACAUGUAGAGAAGACUUUUCAUCCGAUUGUUUCUCGUCUGGUUUCCAAUUGCUUUGGCGAGGACCACUGUCCCGAGGAUGCGAUUCUUCUCAACGUGGUAGAAUGCUGGACGUCAAUAGCCCAGGUUCUCAUUCGCCAUGGUCUCCGAAAUUGGGACAAUUAUUUGAGCGAAUUCGGCGAUGAUUCCUGGACGCGGCUUCGGCAGACAGUCCAGACAAGAAAAUUUGCACCACUGUUCCUUGCAGAAUGCAUUGAAAAGGACGCGCAGAUUGUUUCUGAGUGCCGAAUCCAAGUUAUGAGUAUGUGGAUGUCAUCGUUGGUUGAACGCUCCUCGAUGUUGAAGUUUCAACAUCGUCUCACAGAGGCGCUUUUGAACGGAAGUCCCACAGAUCCCUUGCUUGCCAAUCUGCCAUUCUCUAAGGAUAGGAAGAUUGGCCGGUAUACAAUCACGUUGGAGGAAAUUGGCUCUCGGCGACUAUCUCUUCUCUCGAGCCUAUCGUCUAAUAUGCGUGAGCAGCUCCAAGACAUGGAAGUCUCUGGCAAUCGGAACUUCUCUGUGACAAAACAAGAGUACUCCGAGAUGCUUCAGCGGGUAAUGAUGUCCAUGAAAGGCAACUACCAAGAGCUAGGUACUGGGACAGGGCAGGCUGCUCAAGGGGAAUACGUCGAGUUUGUGCAACGCGUCAUCGGUUUCCUUCAGCAACAUACCAGCGACAUCAAACCUAUCGACCCCUUCUUCACGGACCCUGCUUCGUUCCCUUUACCAUCUACCGACCCACGGUACAUUGUUGCGAAGCUCAAACGCUACGAGUCGAAGUUAUCUUCCAGCAAAGAGAUCCAGACUUUGACCGGGUUCGUCCAGAGCAUUUCCGAGCGCGCGGCCAUUGACGGCCAACAGAGCUACCUGGUUGACCAGCUGCACACUUCGAUGAAAAAUACGUACGAGGCUGGAGACAACGACAAACCCACUCUCCGCGCUGUCCUCUUGCAAUGCGUGUUUCCAGCGUAUCUCGAAGCGAUGCUUCCCAACCGCGCCGCCUGGAUCCUCAGCCGUCCCAUCAUCCAUACUAUCACGCUGGAGUUCAAGAACUUGCUGUGUAAUAUAGACACUCUGGAUGCAGCCUGUGUGUCUUCUGUCAUCGAUAUGAUCGAUGUUGUAUGCCGAGCCUCCUGUCAAGCACUAGGUGUGGUGGCCUUCCGUCGCCGUCGUCUGCAAAGUGCUCCGACUUUACUUAUGCUUGCCGCCUUCCUAGACAUGAUCUCCUCGGCAUUGCCAGUGGUAGAUUACAUCGAUCGAGCCACUGGCGCCGGGGAGGGUAUUCUCACGCACAUCGAGUGGAUCCGCGAUUUCGUCAAAGCUGUGAGCAGAUGUCUACAAAGCACAGAUCCAGACGCGCCCUCGUGCAAUGCCCAUGUCGUAUUUCCUGCGAUGCCACCACCCUCUGAUACCAGAAAAACUGAACUCUUCGCCACGGCUAACAACCUCGCCUCGACGGACCUACAAAUCUAUCUCAGGAAAUGGUCUUAUCAUCAGGAUAAGUACUACUUUACUCGUCCCGGUCAUGAGUCACAGGAGGUCACAAUCGAGCCUGAGAUUGCCGUUCUGGUGGCUAAUCAGAAUGAAGCGGAGAAGGCCUUUGAGGAUGCAGCGAGAGGAUUCGUUGAUCGGGCAAAGUUUCUGGAGUUAAUGUCUUGA